ACAUAGAGCACUCUAAAUUUUGUGUCGAUUUUGUUUGCUGUAAGUUACUCAAGAUUUGACCGGAAAAACUCGUUGAUCCCUCAUAGGAUUCAAACCACACUCGCUUACUGAAGAUGUCCUUCAGAGGAGGCGGUGGUAGAGGAGGUAGAGGAGGAGGUGGAUUCAGAGGUCGAGGCGGUGGAGGUGGAUUCAGAGGUGGUCGUGGAGGUGGAGGCUACAACAGAUAUGACCAGGGACCACCAGAGGCAGUCGUAGAGCUUGGUCAAUAUAUCCAUCCAUGUGAAGAUGAGUUAGUAUGCAAGUGUACCAAUGAGAAAAUACCACAUUUCAAUGCUCCUGUGUUCUUGGAAAAUAAGCAACAAAUCGGGAAAGUGGAUGAAAUAUUUGGACCCAUCAGAGACUUUAUGUUUUCUGUCAAGUUAUCAGAAGAUAUGAAAGCCACAUCAUUUGCCAAGUUACAGAAAUUUUACAUUGACCCAUACAAACUGUUGCCCCUGCAGCGAUUCUUACCUAGACCACCAGGGGAGAAAGGUGUUCGAGGACGGGGUGGUGGUCGUGGAGGUGGAAGAGGUGGACGAGGUGGAUUUGGCGGUGGCCGUGGUGGCGGCUUCCGAGGAGGUCGUGGAGGUGGUGGCCGCGGUGGUGGUGGACGAGGCGGUGGUGGCUUCAGGGGCCGAGGAGGUGGUGGGGGAGGAUUCAGGGGUCGAGGCAGAGGGGGAUACUAGAUGGAAACACGUGGUCAUAGAAUCACUGCCUUCUAUUUUUAUAAUGGAUUUUAUUGAACAUUGUGAAUAAUGCGACAUUACCUGACAAGUCUGUGAAUACACUGCUGUCACACUACACAGUUAUUUGGUCUUUGCAAAUUUCUUAUGAAUUCAAGCCAAUUCUCUCUCAGUUAGAUGAUAAAUACUGGCUGGUUUGCCCUUUGAAAAUUUAUAGUCUCAUGAUUUCUCAUCCAUUUUGGUUCAGUAUUUGAGUUAUUUAUAAUGAAUUUGCCAAAGGCUAGAUGAUUUCAUGACUUCGGCCAGUAUUCAAUUUUACUGUGGAGCAUGGUCAUCCCAUUAUGGUGGAUUAUCAGGGCAGAGUCCUUGUUGAUGAUAUUUUUCUCAUAAAAAUCAUGAUGUUGUAUUCACUUGAAUUAUUUGUGUAAAAUCUUGAAUCUUGUCGACCAGUGGGACAAAUAAAGCGAUUUAUUAACCAAGAA